UUCCCCUUCCUUCCUGGGCUGUUUGAGGUAAACGUACGCGGUAACAGCAUUCUCGGUCAUACCUGAAAAGAAACUGAAUAUUCGCCUUUGUCAUUGUCCUGUCAGACAUGGGACCAUCGCAGAAAGCCUGAGUCUGACGGCUGGAAAUGCUACGGAGCCUCAAACACACAACCCGGGAAACAACUUACCUCAUCGAUGGCUGUAAAAAGUUAACACUCAUCGGCUGGAAACCAGGAAUAAAACACGUUUACUGAACCGCAGCCACUCCCACUCUCCUGGCUCCAUGGCAGCGGCGGUGCGAGGAAGUGAGUGGUCAUGUGGACGUUGCACCUUCCUUAACGCGGGCGCAGCCCCCCGCUGCUCCAUCUGUGAAGCCCCGCGCCAAAAACCCGACCUGAACCAGAUCCUCAGGCUGAGCAGCAGUGAGGAGCACCGCUGGGCCUGUCCCCGCUGUACCCUCAACAACCCCCAGGGCUCUGGAGCCUGCUCCGUGUGUGGCUUCGGACAGUCUGCUGCCACCCACACUCCCCCCACCACCACCAUCGCUGCCACUGCCAACGGCCUUCCAUCGGCCCCCUCAGAAUCACCCACCCCCACUGUCACCCCUUCAGUUCUACUGGAGCCUCACGGACAGCACCCAGCCAAAGAGGAGGUGCUGCGGCGCUCCGAGAGUAAUGGAGAGGUGGUGCGUCUGGAGGCCCAGCACUCGGGAUGGGCCUGUCCUCGCUGCACUCUUCACAACACCCCCGUGGCCCUGUCCUGUUCAGCCUGUGGGGGUCCCAGAAAACUGUCCUUACCCAAAAUCCCCCCAGAGGCUCUGGUAGUGCCUGAGGUGCGGACUCCUGUGCUGGGUUUCCCAGCCCACAGUGCAGGGGCUCCUCCGCUGCUCAUAGACCUCACCGAUGACUCUCCCCCCGCCCCGCCCUGUGAUACUCAGGAGCCCCCACAUGCAGCAUCCCAGCCUUCUUUUUCCUCUUUUUCAUCCUUACAGAACAACCCUGUGCCACGCAGUCGGAGGGAGGUGCCCCCUCCUGGGCGCCCCCCAAACCCCGGCACCAACACGCCCAGUCCCACCUCCCCCUCCACGGCCAUCGUCCCCCCACAGCCAGGGCCUCAACGGCCAGCCAAGCCCAAGCACGCCCAGCCCCAGGAGCCUGUGUACCCCAGCAAACGCCUAAGUAUUUUAGAGGAAGAGGACCACCCACUGCCCCCCCACCUUCCUUCCUCAUCCUCCUCCACCUGGAAGUGCCCUAACUGCUCUGUGUCCAACACAGGCAACUCCUCCAAGUGUGAGUCGUGCAGAUCGUCACGGGCCGGCGCUGACCUCAUCGACCUGGUGGGCUGUGAGUCUGUGCGCUUCACUCCUGCCAGCCCCUCCAGCCCAGACUUCAGCACCUGGGCCUGCUCCAAGUGUACGCUCCGCAACCCCACGGGGGCCGCCAAGUGCUCUGCCUGUGGCUCCUCCAAGCUCCAUGGCUUUGUGGAGCAGCAGACUCCCCUGUCCCGCUGCUGCCCGGCCUGUGGCCACUCCGCUGGCUCUGCCUCUGCAUCGUGCUCGUGCACAGCAUCUUCCUCCUCCUCUUCAUCCUCGGGACACAAGACACGCAAACAGGGGCGAGGCUUCCCCUCCUCCAGCUCCGCCUCCUCCAGCCUUCAGGAGAAGGGUGGGCAGUGGGGCUGUCCCGCAUGUACUCUGCUCAAUGACAACAAGGCCAAAAACUGUGUCGCGUGCCACACGCCCCAGCAGUACCUCACCAUGCGCAAGGUGCUAAAACCUCUGAAGAGGAGGGAGAGCAUGCAUGUUGAGGCCCGCCGCCGCAACGAUGAGGGCGAAGCCAAGGAGCUGUGGGAGAAUAUUGUCAGCUUCUGCAGAGAGAACACCGUAAAUUUCGUGGACGACAGCUUCCCCCCAGGCCCUCGCUCGGUGGGCUUUCCCGAAGGCGACAGCGUCCAGCAGCGGAUCAAAAAAUGGCUCCGCCCACACGAGAUCAACUGCAGCAACUUCAAAGACCGCGGCGUCAAGUGGUCAGUGUUCAGGACGCCAAGGCCCUCCGACAUCCUGCAAGGCCUGCUGGGAAACUGCUGGUUCCUGAGUGCACUGGCAGUGUUAGCGGAGCGUCCGGAGCUGGUGGAGAGGGUCAUGAUCACACGCACCAUCUGUCCAGAGGGGGCCUACCAGGUGCGGCUGUGUAAGGACGGUACUUGGACCACAGUGCUGGUGGACGACAUGCUGCCCUGUGACGACUACGGCUACCUCCUUUUCUCUCAGGCCCAGAGGAAGCAGCUGUGGGUAGCUCUGAUAGAGAAGGCUCUGGCCAAACUCCAUGGGUCGUACUUUGCCCUGCAGGCAGGGCGGGCCAUCGAGGGGCUGGCCACUCUGACUGGAGCACCCUGUGACUCCCUCAUGCUCCAGGUCAGCUCCACCAACCCCCGAGAAGAGCCCAUCGACACGGACCUCAUCUGGGCUAAGAUGCUCAGCUCCAAGGAGGCGGGGUUUCUGAUGGGAGCUUCGUGCGGAGGAGGCAACAUGAAGGUGGACGAUGUGGUCUACGAGUCCCUGGGUCUGAGGCCACGCCAUGCCUACUCCAUCCUGGACGUGCGUGACGUUCAGGGCUACAGAUUGUUGAGGUUAAGAAAUCCGUGGGGUCGCUUCUCGUGGAACGGGAACUGGUCAGACGAGUGGACGGACUGGCCUCAGCACCUCAGGCACGAGCUGAUGGCGCAUGGCAGCAGUGAGGGUGUCUUCUGGAUGGAGUACACUGACUUUAUCAAGUACUUUGACUCCGUAGACAUCUGUAAGAUCCACUCGGACUGGCAGGAGGUGCGGCUGCAGGGCUGUUUCCCCAGUAAAGCCAGUGGACCGGUCACUGUCACUGCGCUCACUGUGCUGGAAAGGACCGCGCUGGAGUUUGCCCUCUUUCAGGAGGGAAGCAGGCGGUCAGACACAGCCGACAGUCACCUGCUGGACCUGUGCAUCAUGGUUUUCCGCGCGUCCUUCGGCAGCAGUAAUAAGCUGACCCUGGGCCGGCUGCUGGCCCACAGUAAGAGGGCCGUCAAGAAGUUUGUGGGCUGUGAUGUGAUGCUUGAGCCUGGAGAGUACGCUGUGGUGUGCUGUGCCUUUAACCACUGGCAGAUGAACGCCAGCGGCUCUGCAGGGCCCUCCACCCCCAUCUCGAGUCCCACUAGUGGAGCAGUGAGGAGACCCAGCCAGGACUUUCCCGGCUACAUCCUGGCCAUCUACAGCUCUCGGCAGGUGAUGGUGGAGCAGGUGGAGGCUACUGCUACAACUCUGGCCGAUGCUAUCAUCCUCCUCACUGAGAACAAGGGAGAGAGACACGAGGGCCGAGAAGGUAUGACCUGCUACUACCUGACCCACGGCUGGGCGGGGCUUAUCGUGGUGGUGGAGAAUCGCCACCCGAAGUACUACCUCCAUGUGUCAUGUGACUGCACCGACAGCUUUAACGUGGUGUCAACACGCGGCAGCCUCAAGACCAUCGACAGUGUACCACCUCUGCACCGGCAGGUGCUGGUGGUGCUCUCACAGCUGGAGGGGAACGCUGGUUUUUCCAUCACUCACCGCUUGGCUCACCGUAAAGCAGCUCAAGCCUCUUUGGGAGACUGGACCCCCACCAAGGCAACACACAGCCCGCAACUGACCCCAGAUAUUGAUGGCCUGCAUCGCCCAAGACCGCUAUGACCACCGCCCACAAAAUAAACGCACACUUAAUCAACUAUAAAGCAAUUAACUGUCCGAGCACUGGAAGGCACCAAGUAUUACUGAAUGUAUGGGGUUCACGUGCUUAUAGGCAUUCUUAAACCCUCCCUAAAAGAUCCAUCUGGGAUUAGGGAUGUGCCAUUUCGGAGUAAAAAUUGAGGGAGUGACCAGGACUAUAUAAUCCAGUCCAGACUACUACUGCUUAUUUUGUAUACGUGCUGUACGAAGAAUAAAUAUUGGAUUUCAAUGAGCUUCACAGACGUCAGGGUGGAGUGCUGUAACUACUGAGCCAUUUUUCCUGGCCCAAGCCCUAGGAGCCAAUCAGCAAGCCCCCUCGGGAAUCCCCAUCGCCUGAUUGGACAGCUGAAAUACAAAUGCGGUACUGAAAGAGCCAAACACCACUAUAUAUGUCCUGUUUAUCUGUUUUCAGUCUUAUCAGUUUUGUAUACAGUCAUUUCACAUAUAAGUGUACAUUUAAGAUAGGAAAAGCCAUUAUUCAUUACGUAUUGUCAUUAUUCUAGUUUGAUCAUUUCUAGCUCAGGACUAAAUCUGUGAUAUAUUUAGCUGAAUUCAAAACUGGUGGAUUUUGCUGGAUUUUCCACUCUGCAUUGUGGUGAUGACAUGUUCAGUCACUCCUCUAAAGAUUUGUUUUUUCCUUUUUGAUACCAACAAAUUAUUAUGUUCCCCACAAGAGAACACACGCUGGUCCGACUCGCACGCUCCUAAUUUGUCGUGCGAAGGCUCUGGGGAAAUUUGUAAAAGGCUGUUUAGCUUGUCUCAUUUUAACACAUACACCUGACAGAUUUCUUCAGUUUAAAGUGAAAUGAAUGUGCAGACCUGUUGUUCACACGUGAUUCCCGUAGGAUGAAGCUACAUACACAAUACACACUACUGCACUAUUAUCUAAUACAUUUACAAACUAUUAGGCUUUCAAAUUUUACACAUGCCUCAUUUAUUCUCUAAACUGAGAAACUAACUACACCCAUUGGUUUUGUCUUGCCUUAUGUACUAUUAGUAUAAUCAUUUCCUUGGCAGUUCCCACAGCCAUGUGUGCCCUUGGUUGAUCUGGCAUAGGUUUUACACUGUCCUUAGAGUCAGUUCUCUGUCAGUCUUCUGUGGCAUAAGUAAUGGCCUAAAUAGAAUUAAACAACAUGUUGUUUUUUUUUGUUGUUUUUUUACACAGACAUCUUGUGUUGUGUCACAUGUGAACACCUGGUCUGAACAUUGUAUUACACGUUAUGCUGUCACCAUAUAGUAGCGUAUUUAACAUAAGCAUAAGUAGCUGAAUUUCUUUUAAGGCCAGUUGUGUCCCUCAUCCCUCAGUCAUCACCACAGAUGUCCAUAGUUUACUGAGGACAAGGGAACAGAAAAUGGUACGAAAACUGCACUUUUGAAGUUUGUGUCUUACUAUUGGAAAAGGAUGGAUAAACUUGAGUAUUACAUGGAUUCUACGUCUUGUUGUCAAUGAUGGUUAAUAUUUGACUACAGUCGAUCUUUUAAGGUCCGUUGUUACUGCACUCAGUGCAGUCCUACCCUCUCCUCGCACAACCACUUUUUAUGUUUUGUAAAAAUGUAUACCAUAGCAUAAUGGCAACUUAAAACUUGAAGCUAUGUGUACAAAUGUUUUCCAAAGAGAACUUAAAAUGCAGAUUGCCCUGUACGUAUGUGUGUGUGAUUGUCCUGACUAAUUUAUUUGUAAAUGAUUUGUAGGUCUGUUUUAUGAAUAAUUUUAAAUGCUUAAUAAAAUGCUUAAAGUUGAUUGGAAACCUGCACUGAAAACUGCAACAGUCCCAGCUCGGUUGACAUCUUCACAAGAGUAUUUUCUACUUUUGCCGCCAUCUUCCAAACUAAUGCAUUUCCACAGAAACGCUCUUUCUCUCCUUUGCCUGGUUUCUUGUAAAUUGUACAGACUUCAAGCAUAAACCACAAACUCAGCAGCUCAAUGAAUAUUACAGCUUUGGCUGAACAAAUGGAUCUCCAAUGAAUGUGAUAUAUUUUAAUAAUUUUGUCUGGGGAUAAAAUGGCUUCAUGUGUACAAAUGUAUGUUUAAUUUUCAAUCUCAGGUUCCAAUGGACCAAAUAAAUUUUUUAACUAAA